AGGAGAGUUCUUCUUUGAGAGACUGCCACUGGAAGGUUUUGCAAGAGAAGUUGCCAACCUAGAUGCCUGCAGAGACUGGGCUCAUCGAGAAGGAAGAUGUCCAGCAUCUGAAAUCCUUGAAGGGUAAUGCCAAGAUGUUUAAGAAAACUAAGGCAGCUAAAGAGACCCCUGCUUCUUCAGCACUAGGUGCUGGGAGGCAAGGGGUUGAAAGUUCUUCGGGAGUUGAGUGUGACAGCAGUGUGAUGGUGCUGAAUCAGGAGCAGUCUGACCUUAGCGUGUCCAGUAGCAGGAGAGGGUAUUGCAACUGUUGUCAUGUGCAUUACAAUAACCUGCAACAGCACAUUUUCAGCCCUCAGCAUAGAUGCUUCGCCACGUACUGCAGGCGCCGGAUGAGCACAUCUAGUUUGAUGGAGCGUUUCCUGCAGGAUGUUUUGCAGCAUCAUCCUCAUCGGUAUCAGGACAGCAGGCCAACUUAUGAUGACAUACCACUUAACAGCCACCAGUUUCCUUCUGAGGAGGCUCAGUGUGACGGUGGCUUGCUUGCAGAGGAGAGGGCAGCGAAGGAGCCUCUUGGUACUAAAUGGGAGAUGCCCACCAAAGACUUAAAGUCUGCUGCACAGUCCCACCCCUCUCCUCCGUGUACAUCCCAGGAGGCCCUGAAAGGAACUUUCCUUCAGCCGCCCGGCUCCCAAAGGCUGGAAAACGGACAGCGAUCCUCUGCGAGACUUCCCCAAGAAAUGGUGUGCAGCUGGAGGGGAGUAAAGAAGUGCAUUCCAGCUGAAGGUGCUCAGACCACACCCAGUAGCCAUAAAGUCCUUUUUAAACUGGCCAUUCCAGGACAUCUCAGUUCUCCUGUUAGUCCUGUACCUCACCGUUCGCCUCUUAGCUUAGCCGGGACCGAAGCUACUGGGACCUCGUUAGGCUCCGUUUUGAUCUCAGAAAACAAGCAAAAACCAAACCAGGUGAAUAUAUGCAAAAUUAGGCCUAGUCCCCUGGCCUCGUCACUCCACCCAGAAACCCUUUCAGUUUCCCACCGGAGCUCUGUCUUUAGCCGAGGGAACACUUUAUUUAGGAACUCAGGUAAAUCUUUGUUGAAGCAAGAUGGUUUACAAUCUCAGGGUAAAACUGUAGAGGCUGACCUCCAUCUCAGGGAGCACUUGGGUCCUGGAGGUGCCCGAAGCUUCGGGUCACCCCUCGAACCAGCAGCAGAUUCGGAAAUGAAGCCAGGUAGCGGUGGUGCCACCUCAGUGGACGAAAUUAUCGAAGAAGUCAUUCGGAAACACUGCUAUGAAAUUCAGACUACUGUAGAACCCAGCCAAGAGGAGAGGCAUUCCUUUUCGAAUAGGUUGGCCUUUCCAGAGUAUCAGAAUUCAGAGGAUUCUGAAAUGAGUUUUGAUUUUGAUGUGCCUCUUCGGUCAAUCACUGGUCAGUCCAUAGCGACGGUUAAAGAAAUAGGCCUUUUGAAGGAGGAACAGGUGAAACUGGACGAUAAGAACUAUGAAUCCCAGCUUAGCUCUGUGCUGCUCAACAUGGGUUCACUUGAGGAGAAAGAAGACUCCAAACUGAAGGCAGGGGAUUGCUGCAGUGAAGCUGUUCUUCCGGAUUUGCCUCACGUGCCUCCGUCCUUUGUGGGAAAAACAUGGUCCCAGGUAAUGUAUGAAGACGAUUUGAAAAUUGAAGCUCUGGUGCGGGAUUUCAGGGAGGGCCGUUUCCACUGCUACUUUGACAACGAACGUGUGAUGAGAUAUGGGACCACAAGAGCUAGAAAAGAUAAGCAGAAAGAUGAAAGAAAAAGAGAGACUCAGAAAGACCUCACAUUAGAGACUGCCACAGCUUCUGCCCUGCCUGACUUUCCUGAUGCCGUAAGUGGUAGUUCUGAUGGUGAUAACCCGCCGGCGGCCUCAGACGUGCUAUGCAAUCCUCCUCCUCCUCCUCCUCCACCUGCCAGGCAUCCUCUGAAAAGAACGUGGCGCCUGGCUUCGCGAUGUCAAGUGGUUAAAGUCAGCCACGGCACUCAAACCAGUCUAGUGAAUUGCCCAGUGGUCCAACGAAAAACGAUCCGCAAACAGCAGGAUCCGCCGGCAGAAAAGACGGAUCUUUGGUUGGAGAAUGACAGGACGCCAAAUAUGAAAACCAGACUUUGCGCGCUUAAACUCCCCGAAUCCUACUCCAAAAUUUUGAGCCCCGUGCAACCCAAGACAGUUGUCUAUGUUCUCUCUUGCCCGGAGGCCAAGCCGGGAAGGGGUAAACCUACCAACCGUUUGAAAGCGAGGCGCAGCCACAACUCCUCAGAUAGCAAGGACUCUGUAAAAUACAAGUAUAAACAGUGCUCUUUUAAGUAUUAUGACCCUCUGACCAAUCGAAUUCUGAAAAGGCCUCCCAAGAGCCCAGCACGAGAAAAGGCCAAAAAGCCCGCCCACGUUCGACAGUUAUUCAGGAGUCUCAGCCUGGAUGCUAACCUGAAGAAAGGCAAUGGUUCGGAGAAGGAACGCACCCCACCCAGCCAGCCUUUCGAGUGGUCAACCUUCUGUAGCUCCACUUCAGCAUCUUUCCUGCCAGAUUCUGUUAAAGGAGGCGAUUUCCUUUCAAGUCCAGACGCCGAUGGAUCUUCAGUUUCUACAGAAGGACCGGAGAUGGUGAUUUCUGGUCAUUCAGAGAAGUCUUACCAGCACUUUACCCUCUCACCUUUAAAUUCUAGCCAGGCCCAAACAGAAAGUGAUUUCAAAUUAACCACCUUUAAUCAAAGUGCUGCCAAUACGUCGAAGCGACCCUUCAGAAAAGCAGGGUUGCAGAGGGCAAAUCCAAAGCAAUUAAGAACGAGGAAAGAGGGAACCGGUAAGGAGCCGAGUUAUUCUAAAAAAUCCUCUGGACCCACGUCUCUCAGCCCAAGGAUUUCUAGAAAACAGAUACCCCAAACCAGGAGUAAACAGAUGAAAGAAAUGAAAAAAACUCCCUCUUCAACUCCAAAGUCAACUGCCUUCUCUCCUGGUGGCCAUCAAUCUGGAAAAACUGUCAUAGAAAAGCACCUUAAGAAGGAGAAACUUGAUGUCAAAAAACUGAAAAGGAGGAAGAGGCUCAAGAAAGCAUUUCCUAAUUCUACGGACACUUCAUGUGUGGCCGAAAGGCAGCUGAAAAACCCAGCAAGUUCUGCCCGGAAGCGAUCCGAGUGGAAAUCUUCCAAAAUGACCAAGUGGGAAGUGAGCGGUGAUGAUAGUAUUCUCCCCAACCGGGAAAGUUGAGUUUCUAGAAGAAAAGUUACUCUCCCUGUUUUGGGAAGUUUAACUUACUCUCCUGGGAGACCGUUCACCUGCCACUAACCAAAACCUUACCUUGCCAAUGGCUGGGGUUACAGUGACGAAAGAGAAUGUGACCUGAGGUUUUUGCAGCAAGUCUUUGAGACUUCAGAACCUCUACUAGAAUGAGUUUGAACCUGAUAAGCUAGUACAAAUGACAACUCAGUCUCGCAUCCGAGAUAUGGGAACAUUACACAUUGCACUGUUUUUGCUAAAAUGUUGUUUUACAAGUUUUGUAUUUGUUUCGAUUUAGCACAUAGGGCCCUAUUUUCUAGUCUUCAAUGCACUCUUCCCCCUUCCACCCGACCUUUUCUGCAGAAAAAAAAACAAACUGAUGCCAUCUCAAUUAGAUUGUCAUACAAAUCUGCCCCCCCCUCCAAAAAGGUUGUCCCACUUGGAUUCAAUCUAUGAGUCACUCCCCAUUUCUGCCCUCAUGUUGUAAUUACAGAAUAUAAAAAAGAAAAUCAACAAACAUACCAAAACAGGAAAUGCUCUCAGAAUUUAUCAGCCAGUCAACUGAUUGAUAGCAAAUUUUAAAUACAAGUGUGAAUGUUGGGGUGUGUGUGUGUGUGUGUGUGUGUUUACGUGGAGAAUAUCAUGAAUUCUUUUUAGGUAAAAGUCAAUAGAAUAUUGCCACAAUCAACACUAAAUGGAAGUGCAAUAUUGUUCCAUUAUGGGCCUUGAGGAGUGAGUUAAGAGGUGAACUAAUGCAUCCCCCUGCCUUCGGGAGAGCUGUAAUCUCAUACCUAGAUAGAUGUAACUCUGUCCUCCUUGUAAAAUCCUUGAGACAGAUUCCACAACUUCUCUUGGGAUCCCAUUCCAGUGUUUUAACAACUGUUUCUAGCAGACAGUUCUCUCAUAUGUAAUUCAUGCUGACGCCUAACUUAAAUUUAGCCAAACGUAUUAUUAAUUUGCAACAACCGCAUUUUCAGACAGAUGUCUCUUACCCAAGCAUCCAAAUGAAAAAAAAAAUUACGGCAAAUGAAUGCCAUUGAGAAUUGGAGGUUUCCCAUUUGUCAAGAUGCUUUUUGAUAUUUCAGUGUUAAUGCCUUAAUCAGAUUUUAGAGGAAGGCUUUUUAAAGCAAAACUCGUACUAUAUGAGAUGUAUUGCUAGCAAAUACAAUUCCCAGGCUAUUGGGUAAAGAAAUAUAUAUAUAAAACCACUUUAGUAAUCCAGAACUGGACUUUGAGCCACAUAAAUAUUAAACUCUAUUCUAGCCCAAUGAUGUUAUAUUCAGAGUUAUUCCUUGGAACUCCUAAUUAGCUCUAGUAAGUGACACUGGAUUUGGGCCAUGAAAUGUAAAAUCAUGUGUGCAUGUUCUUCUAUGUGAAUAGGACUCUUCAUCAGGGUGAAUUUUUAAAAUAAAGACUGACUAUAUUUAAGUAAUAAAUGAAAUAAUGAUAUAUUUUCUUUUAGUACCAGUAUGAAAACUAACUCUACUAUUUUUU